UGCGAAAAUCCAGAAAAGGAGAAGUCAGAAAAAGCAUCCAACAAGCAAACAAAAGUGAGAGAAAUGAUUUUAUCUCUUGACACAUUUUGUAAAUUUUAUAUAGACGGAACACCAAUUGUAAUGAAAUCAUAAUUGGGAUAAAGAGCGCCAUUUAGUUGACUGCCAUUUGUCUAUCGUCUAUAUCGCAUGUUUACCGCUCUCCGAUAAUGGUGUUCAAACCGAGUUGAAAUAGAAAUGCAAGCUAUUUAUUUAUUAGAAAGUUCUUAAAAUAGUUUUAUAAAACAGAGUUAACAAGCAAGUUCCACUGUUUUAAUAUUGACUAAAACUGUUCAAUAUUGCCAACUUUGUUUAUUGUAACGAAAGGUAUAGUUAUUUGAACGCAUAAAAAUGGAGGAAGCACAUCAUCACGUUCAUUUCGACGCAACUGUGAUAAAUGACGAACUUCAUGAUAACACCAUUAUCUAUGAAGUUGCGAACGCUGGUAGUCUAAUUACGGUUCAAUUAGGAUUCUUACAGAUAAACCAUAAAUAUCGUCUUGAGCUCAAUAUUCCUGCGUAUGCUUUAGUGCAAUCCGGUUUCAAUGUUGGCAAAAAUACAAGUUUUGAGGUUGAAGACUCUCAACUGCUGAACCUAAAUUGUAAACUAAUUGAGUUUACUACUCAACCGAUUAAAACCGUGGAUGGUAAAGAUCAUUACUCUGCAACGGUAGAAUUUUUCACCCACAAAGAAAAACUACUGAAAGAGCAUUUAACAAUAUGUGGAAAGGAAGACUCUAGCAUUAAGCUUCAGAUAGUAUUUGUAGCACGUGUUCUUGGAAAAGGCAAAGGGACACCCAUGCUUCGAGACGGCAUCCAUUUGAUUCACGUUGAAGAUGACGAUGAAUCCGAACUCUCUGAUUGGCAGGGAUUUCCCAAAACGGAAUAGACUAGAUAUAGAUACGUUUAAUAAAUAUAUAUUGUCUUUUCUAGCUUUGCUUUGCAUUUUUAAAUGUACUCUAGUGUCGAAUUUAUAGAUGUGAAAUAAAUUUUUUAAUCUUG